UGCCAUUUGCUCGCUUAGGCAUCUGCUGAGUCGGGUAGACUAUGCUUCACAGACGUGGAUCCCUUCCUCGUGCUUUUUAAGAAAAAAAAAAAAAACAUUUAUCAAAUUCACUCCGAAAUAAUAUCUGCUCAGGUUUAGAUUCCUGCGUCUUGAUAGUCUACACCUUCCUCUGGAACAGCUGCCCGCUUUGUCAUGACAGUGGAGACAGCGCUGUGGGGCGAGGGAGGGAAUUAUUCCACAUCGCGGAGCACCCUGCACGCGGAGCAGUGAUGCCUUGGUUCACAUCACUUCGUUACAAUUAGUCACCAUCUGCCCGCGUUUGUGAAUUCAGUUUAAUGCAUUUCUGUGCUGUCUGGCUGAAAUCAUUACGACUGCAUUUCUUCCUCGACGGCCACUGCAGAGGGGACUAGCUAUGGGUUCGGGAUCCACCGAAUCCCGGCCAGAUGCUUGCGAGAAUAGCCACCACAGAAAGCAUUUUCUCACAGCCAAGAUUUGUGUGGUAUUCGGACUAGGAUGGCUGUAUAAAUCACGGGGAAACGACUAAAGCCAACAUUAUGGCAAUAAGUGGAUCUAUUUUAGCGAAUGGCAUUCCGUCCUGAGAACGGUAAAUCGUUGGAGGAGAGGGAUGGCCUUAUCCUUGCAUAAGCAACGUGAGCUUGGCGGUUUUUUCUACUUCUAAAUUCUAAUACUGCCUAGAUCUCGUCGCCAAUUGCCAUUUUCACGAAAAAGCAUGUCAUCUGCGUCUUUCCACGGAAUCCUAAGACCUCUUUUGAUUGCCACCUUCCUGCUGGGCUGCUGUGUGACUCUUUUUCUGAUGUACUUCAAACCGUCCAGCAGCUGGCUGUCGGGUCCGGUGGAGUCGGCCACGUCAGCACUGAAGGUGAAAAACCUCUUCGCCAAAAAUGAGCAAAACCUGACCAUCGUGCUGGUCUGGCUCUGGCCCUUCGGCCAAACCUACGACCUGAGUGUCUGCAGCUCCCUGUUCAACAUCGAGGGCUGUCAUGUGACGGCCGACAGGAGCCUGUACAACCGGUCGGACGGCGUCAUCAUCCACCACCGCGACAUCAGCAGCAACCUGUCCAACCUGCCGCCCCCGCAACGGCCAUCCUUCCAGAAGUGGGUCUGGAUGAACCUGGAGUCGCCUUCUCACUCUGCGCAGCUGCCCGGCCUGGAGAACCUGUUCAACUUGACGCUGAAUUACAGGCAGGACGCGGACAUCAUAGUGCCUUACGGGUCCAUCGUUGCCACCCAGGAGGAGGAGGACUUUGUGGUGCCGAGCAAGAGCAAGCUGAUCUGCUGGAUCGUCAGCAACUGGAACCCUGAACACAUCAGAGUCAAGUACUACAACGAGCUCUACAAGCACGUCGAGAUCCACGCCUACGGCCAGGCCUUCGGUGAGUACGUCAAUGACCAGAACUUCUUCCCCAUCAUAGCCAGCUGCAAGUUCUACCUGUCCUUCGAGAACUCCAUCCACAAGGACUACAUCACAGAGAAGCUGUACAAUCCGCUGGCCGUGGGCUCGGUACCCAUCGUCCUCGGGCCCUCGAGGCAGAACUACGAGAACUUUGUUCCUGGUGACGCCUUUAUUCACGUGGACGAUUUCCUCUCCCCAAAAGAGCUGGCCGACUACAUCCUGUUCCUGGACAAGAAUGAGGAGAUGUACCUACGGUACUUUCACUGGCGUAAGCACUUUACCGUGAAGAAAUCAUACUUCUGGGCAGAGCACACUUGCCUCGCAUGUGACUACAUCCGAAGGCACAAGGAGUACAAAGUCUUUAAUAACCUUGACAAAUGGUUCUGGGGUUAAAAGAAAAGAACAUUUAUUUUUGAAAUGCUGGUUUGCUAUUUGCGGUGAGGGACAGGAUCUACUUUGAAAGGAGAGUCCACUGGUUAAUCAUGUAACUCUUGCACCUGUCGAAACUAUGACACUGACUCUUACUGUUAAGUUUUAUUUUGGCAAAUGGCUUCCUCAGCACUAGUUUUUCCAAGUUGAAAGGUGUCCUCUGAUUGGAACUUGCCAUGCAAAGCACUUGACAUCACCUGCAAUACUUCUGAUUUAAUGUGUACAGUUACAAAACUGUGGACGAUCUCCACGAUGUUGGUUUGAUGUAUCUGCUGACACUAAUCACUGGUGGUGUUGGAGGUCCUCUGUUAAAUCUAACCGCAGUGUGCUUUGUCCUUCAAUUUUAGUCUUGGAUUUAAGCAAAGGUUACAUUUUUCUUUUCCUUGCACAUUUUAUAAUUACAACAGCCAUAAGAGCCAAACAUACAUAGUGGUGUAUGAAAAAGAAAAAAGUGACGUUUGCCUACAUGUCCUGCUCAAGGUUUAAGACAAAGUGCAUGGUAGGUGCAAUAGAGGUCAAAUAUUCUCUUUAAUUUCAUAGGUAAUGUGCAAUGCGUACAACAGUAAAUUCACAGAGGAGCCCGGCACGUCAAUCACCUGUCAUUGACACCUGUACACUGAUUUGUGGUUAAUAUUAAUGUGAGCACAGACAAACAACAUUUCAACCAAACUGGUGGCACUGAAACCUUCAGGACCCAUAUACUGUAUAUAAGGACAUGUUAAUUUUUUAAUCAUUACUUUUAUAUCAUUAAUUGAUAUUUACCAGUCCUAAUAAAUGUGGAAUUAGCUGGACUGUACGUUUUAAGCGACCAGGACAAUGUUGUCUUUGAUUACAUGAAAUCUUAACGAUAGUAGGCAGCACUUGGCUUUCUUGAAAAACUUUAAUCUUGAAAACUCAACAUUCCUCAGUGUCUGUGUUGUAUUGUGUCAUGUAUAACUGUGUAAGAAUAGGUCUGUGUAACAAACAUCGUGUGGUACUAAAUCUGGCAUCUCAAAUGAUAUUGUUUAAUCUUAUUUUCUGACAACAGCUAAUGCCAUUUAUUGGACACAAUGUUAUAUUUUGAAUAACAAAAGGAGUCAAAAAGGAAUUGUUAUAUAUAUAUUUCAAAAGAAGAAUCGAUAAAAAUCAAACAGAUAUGUCUAUGCAGUCUUUGUGAAGGACUUUGAAAAAGUGGUUAACUGCUACAUUUACUGUGAACAUAUGUGUGUGUUUAAUGGAGAAAAAAAUAUCUGGAUAAAUGUUGUAGGGGUGAGCUGAAUGUGAGCCAAAUUUCAUCCAGUCAACAAGGUGAAAGGUGAAAUCUUGCAGUCUUAAAUAAUCAAUCCAUGGAAUUAUUGUGCCCCUCCCUCAUGCUGCUGUAUUUCAUGCAGUUCUAUUGUAGAGCAUUUCGCUUAUUGUACAGCUGGCUUUCAGAGUUUCACACAUUUGGUCUGUGGUCUUGGGGUGGGGGGCUAUUUUAUCAAAACUGUUUACCUUGCAUUUUGAGCUGAUGUUGUGGAGCAGGGAAACUUGGCCCUGGUCCUGGAGGUCCUCAUGGCUCGUCUCCACUGGCUAAUGAACCACUCGACUCAUUGAAUCAGGAUUUCGAAAGACCCAAUUUACAUUACAUUAACUGAGCACAUGCUCAUGCUCUUAUCCAGAGCAUCUUCCAGCAGAGGAGAACAUAAGUGUAUCCAUUCAAGUUACAUGAGCAACCGCGUCAGGCCAAGCUAACAGCACUCCCAGACCAGUGAGUGUGAGCACAACAUCAUUCAAGCACAACCACGAGAUAAGUUGUGCUAACCUGAAACUAGAAAACUAGGAAAGUCAAGUACAUAUGCUAGCUUAUAUCACACAGUCGUUAGAUCACAGCAUCCAUAACACAUCAUGAUACUACAACUAAAAUACCUGUAAGUAGCAGCUAAGCAGCAAUUAAGCAUCCUUCUGCAGCCCCGAGAGCUUGUAGUUUAAAAAGUGCCAGAAAAUGCUCUCUGCAGUUUCUGUGAUGCAGAUACUCUCUGUAAUGUAGUCCUUUCUCAUGGUAGGGUGAGAAAUGGGGGUAACAAACGUAGGAGCCAGGCCAUUAAGGACUGAAUCCUGAAUGGUCAUUCAGUGAUCCCUGCAAUCUUAUUACUGUAUAGCAGGAACCCCCGUGAAAUACAAACAGAAAUAUCAGAAGGGUUUUUGUUUCAAUAACCUGCAAUGCUGCUGAGACAUAUGAGGGACAGAUACUAGUUUCAUGUUUGCGUAUGGGAGACCAGUGAAAAACUCGCUGAUGUUGAGGUGAACGGUCGCAGAGCCGAAAAAGCUUAACAAAGUAUUCUGUGCGCAGCAUUUGUGUUGUUACUUUGGGGAGUGCCCGGUUGUUUCCGAGCCACUCCUGCAGCCGAAGUGUCUGUUUGGGUUGAGCGAAAGGACUACGUCAGUCCCUGGAGUUGUGUUGUCGCCCAUUUUGAAAAGCUUUCACUGACAGCAGCAGUGUGGCGACGCUCUAAAACUCUGUCCAACCUAUGCAAUCAGAUCAUCAAAGGUGUUGAGGCCCUCGAAAGACUUACACAAUGGUGCAGGCCUUUAGACUUCAGACAAGUAUGACACAUAACAUGUGCACAUAACAUGUGUAUGCCCUGCUCAUUUUUCCUCUCCCAUUGACUGUAAAAUAUACCAUGUGCAUAGGCUUUUAAACCUUUAACAAGUAAUAAUUACAGGAUGAGGUGUAGUGGCAUAGAUGAAUCCCGAGCUAAUUUAAAUCUUACUUGUGUUCUGUUUAUCUGCCCACUGCCAGCUUUCCAGUCUUAAUUUCCAUUUAUGACUCAAUUUCAGCUUAAUUUGGAUAUUCUAAAUUGUAUUUUGAUAACAAUAUGAAGAUAAAACUAGAGCAAAUGAGAAACGUUUUUUUUUUUUUUUUCCAAUUU